AAAAUCCUCACCUGAGGAUAUGCUUCUUUUUUCAUUUAUGAGAGAGAUCGAUCACUUGCCUCCUGUACAAGUCCUGAACAGGGAUGGAACCUAAAACCUGGGGCGGAGGCACCAAGACCUCAGGGACUUCUUUCAGUGCUCACAGAAACCUCCUACACCCUGGUGAUGGCACAUUGGGACUGUUUUCUUGCUCUAAGUCUGAAUGACUGCCAAAAAGGAAGGCAAAAGUAGAGCAGUUGGAUCUCUGACUCUGCCCAUAGCAUCUAAUCUCAGACUGAGAUUAAACUCCUUUCUGAGCCCAAGGACAUAGCUCACUUGAACAAAUGAUUUUGAGUCAUGAGUGAAAAAUCUUGCUCUUUCCAGAGUGAGAAAGAAUUACGAGAUGGACAGGUUGAUAGUGUGUCUGCUGGGAACUCUCCACCAUAUGACAAGGACAACAGUGCUCUUCUGGCUUUCAGAGGAAUUCAUAUCUCGGAUUUGAAGAACCACAGCGUCCUCCGGUCCCUGACAACAGAAGCUAAUGGAUGGGCAACAGGCGUUGUGAGCCCAGAGGUGCUCAGAGCCCAAGAAGAAUGGGAAGCUGUGAACAGCAUCCAGCCAGAGACAGGGAACCAGACCAGCUCAGACCAGCCUGGGCAGCUGAUCUCCUUCAGUGAAGCCCUGCAACAUUUCCAGACUGUAGACCUCUCCUCCUUCAAGAAAAGAAUCCAGCCAACAAUUCGAAGGACUGGGCUUGCUGCCCUCCGGCACUGCCUCUUCGGUCCUCCAAAGCUCCACCAGGGUCUCCGUGAAGAAAGGGACUUGGUCCUCACUAUUGCUCAGUGUGGCCUGGAUAGCCAAGACCCAGUGCAUGGCCGAGUCCUCCAGACCAUCUAUAAGAAGCUGACUGGCUCCAAGUUUGACUGUGCCCUCCAAGGAGAUCACUGGGAAGAUCUGGGCUUUCAGGGAGCAAAUCCAGCUACAGACCUGAGAGGAGCAGGCUUCCUUGCCCUACUGCAUCUGCUGUACCUGGUGAUGGACUCAAAGACCUUGCUGAUGGCCCAGGAGAUUUUCCACCUGUCUCAUCACCAUAUCCAGCAAUUCCCCUUCUGUUUGAUGUCCGUGAAUAUCACCCGCAUUGCAAUCCAGGCCUUAAGAGAGGAGUGUCUCUCCAGGGAGUGCAAUCGGCAGCAGAAGGUGAUCCCAGUGGUGAACAGCUUCUAUGCCGCCACUUUCCUCCACCUCGCUCAUGUCUGGAGGACGCAGCAGAAGACCAUCUUAGAUUCAGGCUUUGUCCUCAAAGACUUGGAAGUGUUGGCCAAGAAGAGCCCAAGGCGGCUGCUCAAGACCCUGGAGAUCUACUUGGCUGGAGUAUCGAAGGCACAGACCUUGCUGGGAGCACAGAAGUGCUGUGAGGCACCAGCCCCUCACUCCAAGGAUCUCACCUUCACAGGCGUGUGUGACCUGCCGCCACCCUCAUCUGAAGGCACAUGGCUGGUCUGAUCAUCCAAGGCUGACUGAUAGACUGAAGGGCUGGGCCACAGGGGUUUCAGAGGGCACAUGGCAAAUGUGUCCAGAACACCGUGGCUGGGCCAAGCCCCUUCACACCUCAGCAGAAGGGACGUAGGAAGCUCCUGGGCCUGGUCUGGGGAACCAAGGAUCCUCAUCCUCAUGAGACAUUGGGAGCAGUUAGACUUGACCCACUCUCUGCAGAUCUGCCUCCAGAGCAAGAACUUUGCUGUCAUCUUAGCUGGGCUAUAGCUCACCAAGUUGGGCUCCAGGUUAUCUUGAUGAGAGUGAAUAGAUUGUGAGGUGGGAGAGUCCCAUCAGGAUGUUCCACAAUGCCCCCACAUUGAAGGACAUUCCCAAGUAGGGCUUUCAGGCCCCUGGUGGUCCUAAGACAGGGACCAGACAGGGACAUAUAGUAGAAUUUGAAGGGAUAUGAUAGCAGUGGCAGCAGCCAACAGGGGGCAGCAUGAACCAGAGCAAGAUACCUGAGGCCGCAGCUGGGACUGCCUUCCUCUCCUCCACCCACCAGGCCAGUAUCAGGGCCCCUGUGGGGUUUCUGGCCUUGUGUUUAUCCCACUCUCAUCUCUCUAGUCUCUCCUCCCCCGUGUAUGAUACAGAACAGGGCCUUGGGCUAUGUCUCCAUUGCUGCCGACCUAACUGCCUACCAGCUGGGCUUCCCCCAUGGAGGCCGUGCAGUUCCCAUCAGAUGUUUUUCUAGCCUGGUUGAGGGAAGGAGGAAAUUCACUCAUCAGCAGUUAUUGAAUAAAAUAAUCGUUCUGGGUUAA